AUGAGCGUCGAGGAAAUCGUUGAGAAUCCAACGAAAGGCGUCACCGGAAAGACGGUGCAAUUGUUACGCACUCUCGGGGUGACGCGAUGGACGCAAAUGCAAGAAGACGCGAUGGAUAAACUCUAUCUAGAGGAAAAGGAAAACUCGAAAGAUGGAUUGAUCUGCGCGUCGACCGGGAGUGGGAAGACGUACGCGUUUUUGAUGCCGGUGUUGAUGCGGUUUUUGUUAAAAAGUGAUGAUGAAGACAAAGAAGACAAAACCAAAGUGAAAGCGAUCGCUGUGUUGCCGACGAGAGAGCUCGCGCAGCAAGUGUUUGAAAAAGCGAAAGGUUUGUUCGAAGAGGCGAACGGUAUUAACGUCUGUUUGUGCGUCGGAGGGGUACGCUCGCACGAGAAAGAUGCGGAAGAUAUCAUUAAACGAAAACCGAAACUGGUCGUCGGGACGCCCGGGAGGAUGUUGGAGUUGAAGAAGCUCAACGUUUUAGACCUGUCGAAAAUUGAGGUGCAGAUCUUAGACGAAAUCGAUCGUUUGUUAGAUGGCGGGUUUGAGAACGACGUGUUGGACGUUUUGAGGCCACCUGGUUCGUGUCAAACGAUAUGCGCGACGGCGACGGCGAGAGGGAACUUGCGACGUUUUUUGAACAAGACGUUGGCGUUUGGAUAUAAAGAGAUUGGCGGGAAAGUUACGACGACGGAUGAGAAUGGGCUUGAAGUGCACAACAGUUCGAGCGAGAUUGGUGGGAACGUCGCGCACUGCGCGUAUGCAAUAUCAAAGAGUAAUAGCGAUAACGAAACGGCGCAGAUAUACGCGCAAGCUAUUUUGACAGCUUUUAAAGGCUUGGUCACGGCUUCUUCUUCUUCUUCGAAUUUAGAAAAAUCGCAGUGUUUAUGUUUCGUUGAGACGAAAUCGCUGUGCGACAAGAUUGAAGUUGCGUUACAGAAAGAAUCGAUGGCGCAGGGGACGACAAAUCAAAAGAUUCAAGUUCGCUCCUUACACUCCUCGCUCCCGCAAAACCAACGCGACCUGACUUUACUCGAAGCGCGCAACCGCUCCAUCGAUAUCAUCGUUGCCACAGACGUCGCUUCGCGAGGAAUCGAUCUCCCUGGCGUCGAGCUCGUUAUUCAUUGCGGUUUCCCGAAAGAUUCUGAAUCCUACGUUCACCGAUCCGGGCGCGCCGGAAGACCUGGAUGCAACACUAGAGGCUGUGCUUUGAUUUUACACUCGCCCGAGGACGGCGGCAAAGUCAGCGCGUUCAUUGAAGCCGAGACGAACGUGCGAGUAAAACGCUUAACGGAUGUUCGCGAAGCCUGCGCGUUCAUCGUCGAGGAUAAUCGGGAGAAAUCAGACGCAUCGAUCAAAGAAGAGCGAAUAGAGAAGGAAAAGAAAGAGCGAUUAGGGGAGAAUAUCUUAAUCGCGCAACGAUUUCAAAUGUUGGACGAGGAGUUGGACGGACUGCAGAGCUCCAUGAAAGGCGGGACGAAGACGAAGAGGAAAGGAGGAAAGAGAUGA